GAUCUUGCUCUGUCACCCAGUCUGAAGUGCUGUGGCACAACCAUGGCUUACUGCAGCCUUGACCUCCUGAACUCAAGCAAUUCUCCCACCUCAGCCUUCCCAGUUGCUAGGACCACAGCAGCUGCCUCGUUUUCAGUUGUGCACAUCUGAAUGCAAGCAAUCCCUGUCUGAUGUGGAGUUUCUUGCACUGAUAAGGAAAAACUGCUGAAGUUGUGAGGCUGCUCCAGGCAGAGCCGUCAUAUGAGUCAUAUGAAAGCUCCACGCUGCUGACCUCUGGCAAAAAGGGAGAGAACAAGGAUAGGAGAGGCAGUGGGGGAAAGGUUCAAGUGCGGGUUUUCUCCUUGAACCUAGAAGAUUAUGGGUCAAGAGCUGUGUGCAAAGACUGUACAGCCUGGAUGCAGCUGCUAUCGUUGUUCAGAGGGAGGCGAGGCACACAGCUGUCGGAGGAGUCAGCCUGAGACCAUGGAGGCUGCGUUCAAGCUAACAGACCUAAAAGAAGCAUCAUGUUCCGUGACUUCAUUUCGCCCCAGGGGACUUCAAGCUGUCCGUGCCCAGAAGUUUAAGAGUAAAAGGCCACGGAGUAACAGUGAUUCUUUUCAGGAAGAGGAUCUGAGGCAGGGUUUUCAGUGGAGGAAGAGCCUUCCUUUUGGGGCAGCCUCAUCUUACUUGAACUUGGAGAAGCUGGGUGAAGGCUCUUAUGCUACAGUUUACAAGGGGAUUAGCAGAAUAAAUGGACAACUAGUGGCUUUAAAAGUCAUCAGCAUGAAUGCAGAGGAAGGAGUCCCAUUUACAGCUAUCCGAGAAGCUUCUCUCCUGAAGGGUUUGAAACAUGCCAAUAUUGUGCUGCUGCAUGACAUAAUCCACACCAAAGAGACACUGACAUUCGUUUUUGAAUACAUGCACACAGACCUGGCCCAGUAUAUGUCUCAGCAUCCAGGAGGGCUUCAUCCUCACAAUGUCAGACUUUUCAUGUUUCAACUUUUGCGGGGCCUGGCGUACAUCCACCACCAACACGUUCUUCACAGGGACCUGAAACCUCAGAACUUACUCAUCAGUCACCUGGGAGAGCUCAAACUGGCUGAUUUUGGUCUUGCCCGGGCCAAGUCCAUUCCCAGCCAGACAUACUCUUCAGAAGUUGUGACCCUCUGGUACCGGCCCCCUGAUGCUUUGCUGGGAGCCACUGAAUAUUCCUCUGAGCUGGACAUAUGGGGUGCAGGCUGCAUCUUUAUUGAAAUGUUCCAGGGUCAACCUUUGUUUCCUGGGGUUUCCAACAUCCUUGAACAGCUGGAGAAAAUCUGGGAGGUGCUGGGAGUCCCUACAGAGGAUACUUGGCCGGGAGUCUCCAAGCUACCUAACUACAAUCCAGAAUGGUUCCCGCUGCCUACGCCUCGAAGCCUUCACGUUGUCUGGAACAGAAGGGAGGCUGCUGGAGAAACUGUUUUUCUCUCCCACUUUUCCAGGCUGGGCAGGGUUCCUGAAGCUGAAGACCUGGCCUCCCAGAUGCUGAAAGGCUUUCCCAGAGACCGCGUCUCUGCCCAGGAAGCACUUGUUCAUGAUUAUUUCAGUGCCCUGCCAUCUCAGCUGUACCAGCUUCCUGAUGAGGAGUCUUUGUUUACAGUUUCAGGAGUGAGGCUAAAGCCAGAAAUGUGUGACCUUUUGGCCUCCUACCAGAAAAGUCACCACCCAGCCCAGUUUAGCAAAUGCUCGUGAAAAGAAAGGGCAAGAUCACCAAGGUUCUUCCAGGGCUGUAUUUCUGCAGUUUCGGUUUUCAUUUGCUUCAGCUUACUAAGAAGCUUCAAAUCUAACUCCAUACUGAACAAGGGGUUUUAUGCCCUCGCCUAUGACCUGGAAUAGUUUAAAUAUUGUGUUCAAGGCGAUAGUACAUAAUACUGGAAGAAAAUGCAAUGGAAGGUUACUGCUAUUGUCAUUUGCAUAGAAUUUAAGUGAUUGAUUUUAAAAAACUAGACAUAAACUAAGUCUAAGAAGAGGGCUUCUGAAUGACUUCAUUCAUUUUGGCAUUUGUUAAGACAUUCCUGGGCUAGAAGGUUGAUUUCCCAAAAAGACAGAUAAGAGACUGACAAUUUAAAAGAAUCUGGAGACGAGCUGGUGCUUACAGAGACCUGCCACUCCUGUGUUCACUUACAAUUUCUCCCAACAAAAGGAUUUCUGUGGCAAGGAGAAAACUAGUCUAAAGUUUAGAAAAAGAUGGUUUCUUGGAUAACAUUGUUAACGAAAGGACUUCCUGAGGACUAUUUAUUAUUAUUUUGUAGGGGGCACUUCCUCCUUCACUAAACUGGAUUAUCAGAACGUAUUACCACCCAACCCAUAUUUUAGAAGUUUGGAUUUGGCUGCUGAUUAGAAAUGAAUUUCAGGCUAUCUCCUCCUACUGAAUCUUAAUUGUCUGUGAUGAUGGCAACAAUGAUGGGGAAUCUAAGCGCUGGUUUGAUGGUGGAGAUAUUGAAUAAGUAGUUGAGAGCAGAGUUCCAAAGAUGUAAUUUAAGCCCUGUUGCACCACCACACCACACACACACACACACACACACACACACACACACCCCUCAAGUAAAAUGAGAGAUCAGUCUUAGCUAACAUGUGUGCCGUUUUAUACAAUGACUGCUUCUAAAAGAAGCCAGGGAAACUGAAAUCCCUUCUGUCUAGGGAUCAUCUCAGGAAAUGUAGUAGCCUAGAAACCAGAGACCUCUGUAUAUCCUUUGGAAGAACAAGGAGGAACUAAUUAAGAGAGAAUUAAAAAAUAGUAACUAUCCCCCAACGUCUGAGAUGGAAAAAGGAAAAAGACACAUGGGUAGCCCAAAUCAACCUGCCUGAGUAAGUAUCUGAUUUUAGUAAGGCAUUUGACAAAGACUGUCCAGCUAUACCUGAAAGAUGAAACAGUGUACGCUGGGUGAUGGAGCAGAUAUAUGUACUCAAAUCAUGGUGUUUAUUUAACCCAGAGAAAGGCCAGCCGUGGUGUGCUACAAGGUUCAGUCUUGAGUCCUAUUCUGGUCAAAUAUUUUUAUUAAUUACUCGAAUAAAUCAGAGUACAUGGACAACUUAUUCAUACAACUCCUUGGAGUAAGUACUAUUAUUAUUAAUUUAUGACUUCCAUUUCACAAAAGAGGAGACUGAGGCUCAGUGAAGUUAAAUAACUCCUUCAUAGUAGCAUGCCAGAGUUAAGAUGCAAACCUCAGACCUGGCUCUCCAAUGUUCCUGACACCUAUCAAAUUUAGAGAAUAUACAACUCUUGCAGAGGCAGCUGCUAUUUAGUAUUGGAUCAUGAUUCAAAAGACACCUUGCUAGAAGCCAAUGAACAGCAGGCCAAAACCACACUUAUUUCCAUCAAAUUUCAUCCGACUUAAAUUCUUACACUUUGGGCUACAACUUAAAAAAGGCUGUGACUUAGUGGAAAUUGGCACUUUUAAGUACAAUAUGAAUUAAUAGUAUAAUUUUGCUGUCCCCCAAAGAUAAUGCUAGUACCAAUCGAAAGCUCAGGGGUGCUACUGUUGACGCAUCAGCAAGAGUUCUUGAGCAGUUUCACCUGUCCAUCAAUACAAUGAGUUCCCACGACAGUAGUGGGAUUCCUCUGCCUCCCUAAAGAUAUGAGAGCUAUAGGAGGGAUUCCCAUGUUGGAGGUUAGAAGAGCUGACCUCCAAUGUCCCAUCUAAUUCCAAGAUUCUCUAAUAAUGACUUUGGAACAGCUGUGGACAGACUAUACUUGGAAUUAUGGUUAGAUACUAUUGCUGCAGGAAUGAAUAGACAAAUUUUAUUAUUAAAAAAUUGAUUUUAUUAAGUGGAAGUUGACAGAAUUAUCCUCUUUAUAAUGGAAGAACAUUAUGCUUAUGCAUAUGCAUAUACCUUAUGCAUAUGAUUAUGCUUGCGCUUCCUUUAAUGGAUUUACCUAUUCAAAAGCUUAAUAAAUAUUAUAAGACUCUAAAACAU